UUGUAGUGCAAAAUACAUGUAACAUCCCACUUUUGAGUGAAAAAAUACUUCGGAAACCUUAUUUCCGAAAUAUUUCGGAAAUUAAGUUUCCGAAAGUGGGGUGACAUUUCUAAUGAGUGGGGUGCCAACUCUAGCUCUCCCUAUAUCCUUGUCAAAGGCCAACCACAGAGACAGUGACUUUUUUCAUAUAUAAAUUUGAUCACCAAACCCACACCCACCUAAAAUCCUAAACCUCUCUUUCACUUGACUCAUGUAAGUAAAGCAGCCCAUCUCUUAAUUACAUGGACGAUCAUCGAAAUUCAACUCCCAAUGCCAUUGGACUCUGUCUCCUCCCACAAGAACUCAUCCAAAGCAUCUUCCUCUCCCUCGUGCUUCCCGAGAUCGUGCGUUUGAAGCUCGUUAACAAGUCCUUCUCCCGCAUCAUCUCCGACCACACCUUCAUCCGCCAGUGCAACUCCCUCUCCACCACCACCACAUGGCUCUUCGUCUACAAGAAGCGCUGGCUCCGCGACGCCGUGCUCCACGCCUUCACCGACCGAAGCCCCGACCGCUGGUUCCGGAUCCCCAUCGCUGAUCUUCUUAAACCCCUCGACUUCCACGGUGAGGACCUGUAUUUCCUCGCCGCCUCCGCCAACGUCUUCCUCUUCGCCUCCAACAACGUCCGCCGCGAGGUACUCGCCGUCAACCUCAUCACCGUCACCGUCAAGAAGCUACCCCCGUCACCGCUCGGCCCGCGCGGCACCUCCUCCUGGCGGAGAUCCGGCAUGAAGCUCGUCGCCGACCCGUCCGGGUCGGGGAACUUCCGCUUCAUGUUCGCCGAGUUUGUCGGGAACCGCGCCGUUCUGUUUGUCUACGACUCCGUGACUGACACGUGGAGGUCAACGCAGCCUGAGGAGAAUAGAACCGGUAGUUUUCUGCCACGUGGAGGGGAUCACGUGUUUCUCAACGUGGUUCACGGGCCCAGGGAGAGUGUUCUGGUUGCAUCGUCGACGUCAACGUCGACACCUGAGCGUGUCGACGCGCCGGUGGUUCUACGGCCACGAUUUGAUGGUGGAAGGGGGAGUGAAAAUGAUGAUUUGGGAUUAACCGUUGGAUUCAGCUGGGGGAAGGUGAUUGAUCGAUUACACGUGUACGGCGAUGGGUACAUGAUGAUUGUGAAAUCGGAGGGUGCGAGGGGGAACGGGGUGACGAGGGUGUUGAAGGGUGUGGAACUGUGGGGUUUGACCUUGGAUGGAAGGAAGUGGGAACUUGUUUCGUCGGUUUCCGGUGAAGUGAUGAGGGUUAUUGAGAAGAAGCCUUAUGGGGUGAUGAUGGGGUGCUUAGAGGAGAAAAAUGGGAUAGUGAAAGCUGCUUUGGUGUCUAAUUGUGAGGGUUUUUGGGACAUGUUGUGGCUUUCUUUUGAUACCAUGUGGAAACGUUGGACCUGGAUGCCACUGCCUGAUUGCAAAAUGAAGGGUUGGAACAUGGCUGGAAUCAGCUUCUCCUCUGGGCUUACCUUGCCAUGAUCAUGAUCCAAUCCAACAUUUGGAAAACAAACAUCACACAUCUGCAAACUUGGAUGCUUGUUUGUUCGUCGUGGUAUUUAUACGGUGUUUUCUAGACUUUUUUAUUUUGUUCCCCCCCCCUGAAGUGGUCCAUUAUGAUCCAUGCCAAUUGUGCAUGAGCAUAUAUAUAUAAGUCAAAGCUAUGUAAAUAUUGUUGACAAAAAAAGAAAAACUAUGUAAACUAUAUAUCAAUGCUGUUAUUGUAUUGACUAGUUUAGUAUAAUAACUCAAGUGUAACUGAAGUAUAACUCAAGUAAGGCAACUUUGUCCAUUAUCUUCUACCUAUUAUUUUCAACCUCAA